AUGCCCGCCGUCAGGAAGAAGACGAAGAAGCAGCGGCGCGAGAAACGACAACUCGACAUUGCCAGACGGAUACUCGAGGAAGAGGCCCUGUCGACACUAACACCGCCCUUGCCAGCCAUGGAUCCCCAAGCAAAGCGCAACAUUGUCAUUGUCGGUGGCGGCAUCAUCGGCUCCACAACGGCCUACUUCCUCACAAGACACCCGAAAUACAACCCCGCCCUCCACCGCAUCACCAUCCUCGAGGCCACCGCUAUCGCCUCAGGCGCCUCGGGCAAAGCAGGUGGCCUUCUCGCCCUUUGGGCCUACCCGUCCUGCCUCGUCCCGCUUUCCUACCGCCUGCACAAGGAGCUCGCCACAGAGCACGGCGGCGAGAAGAGAUGGGGCUACCGGCGCGUCAACUGCGGCAGCUUCGAGGCCCGCGUCACGAAGCAGACGCUCGAAAAAAUCAAACAAGCCGCCGUGAAACCCGAGGCAGUCGCGCCCGGCGCCAACGAAGGCGAGCAGGAAAAGGGGUGGGAGAGGCUGCCGAAGCAGGACGAGGCCGCCGAGGCCAUGCUAAGGGAUUCGGGCGGCGUCGUGCCGGGGGACCUCGACUGGAUCGAUCGCGCCGCCGUCGAGACGUACGCCGAGAUGGGCAGGCCUGGCGCGACGGAGACGGCGCAGGUGCAUCCCUACGACUUCACCACCUCCAUGGCGGCGCUGGCGCAGGAAAAGGGGGUUGAGGUGCGGACCAACGCGCUGCUGAAGAGAAUCAUCUCCGGUGAGGGCGGCGACGGCGGCGGCGGAGGCGUCAAGAGCGUCGAGUACCUCGACCGCGAGACCAACGAGACCCGGACGAUCGACGACGUGACGGACGUCUUGGUCUCCGCGGGCCCGUGGACCGGCCGCCUGCUGCCGCGGUCCAAGGUCACGGGCCUGCGGGCCCACAGCGUCGUAUACAACGCCGACGUCAGCCCCUACGCCGUCUUCACCAGCAUCAAGCUCCCGGCCGACUUUGUGCCCGAACACCGGGUUAGCAAAGGCCAAAAGAGGAAGCAUAAGCGCGUUGUCGACCCGGAGAUUUAUGCGCGGCCGUAUGGCGAGGUGUAUGCAUGUGGCGAACCAGACGAGGACGCACCCCUCCCCGACACAGCAGACAAGGUCCAAGUAGACGAAGCCAACUGCGACGACAUCAUCUCGUACAUCGCCACCGUCAGCCCCGCCCUGGCGGCCGCCUCCAUCAAGGCGAAGCAGGCGUGCUACCUGCCCCAACACGAGUCUGGGCCCCUCAUCGGCGCGACGUCCGUGCCGGGCCUGUGGCUCGCGGCCGGCCACACGUGCUGGGGCAUCCAGAACGGACCCGCAACGGGGAAGCUCAUGUCCGAGUAUAUACUCGACGGCAAGACUGUCAGCGCCGAUAUCUCGGAGCUGGAUCCGAGGCGGAUAUUCAGUCCCAAGGACGAUGUCUUUGACUAUGCGCUGCUCCUAGUACAAGGGUCCUAA